GUUACACACUUCAGUCCAGUAGGUGGCGGUAUGCAGCUAUACACGUUGGUUUGCGAUCUGCCAUUAAAUCAGAGAAGAAGAAGAAGAAGCCAGGAAACGUCAGCAAACAGAUAAUAUGGCUUCAGGAGUGGAUCAAGCAGUGGGCACGAGUCUGGUUGUCUUCAGCCUCUCGCUGUUUACAUACUACUCUAUCUGGGUCAUCAUCCUGCCUUUCGUGGACAGCGAUCACCUACUGCACAAGUAUUUUCUUCCUCGGGAGUACUCAGUCAUUCUGCCUGGCAUCGCAGCAGUAGUACUGCUCCUCUGUAUAGGGGCCUUCACUGCAGUCAUCAUGUGGAAGAAUCGCAAACCAAAGAAAGUGGACUGAUCUCAGGAUGUUGGUGGAUUUAACAAUGUGAAUAUAGCCUCGAUGCUAAAAAAACAUCUCUGGUGACUCUACAAGCAAAAAUCACACCUCCGUUGUCUAAUAAUGGUUUCUGAACAGCUCACCUUCACUCUCACAAAAUUAUAUUUGUUAAAAAAA